AUGUCUAUUGACCAGGCGUCACCAUUGGUGCCGAUUAAGCCUCAGAUCGCAUUGCAAAACAGUGCGUUCAUAAAGAACAGUCAUAACCGAAGCAGUUUCUGCGGGGCGACACCAUCACCAACAAACGGCAAUAGAACAUUCAAAACUUUCUCUGUGAAUCGCAAGAGUUGGAGUGGAAACGUAACCCUUCCGCUUCAACAAUUUGCGCUAGAUGAGCCGACGCCACAGCUUGGGACAUUCCGCUCUGGCACUGGAACUUUCCCUAGAAACCGGGAACGGAACAAUAACAGUGCGUCCAACGGAAUAUUAACGCCUAACGGGAACUCAGUACAGACGCUCAAAGGAAAUGAAGUGAGGAGGAGCGGAUGCACUAACGGCCGUCGCUACGCUGAGAUCGGAAACUGGAGUAAAAGAACCCGUAAUCAUGGCGCCGCCGCGCCG